AUGGGGGGGGCGAUACAGGUCGGAGAAGAGUACAACGCGCCCCUCUGCGUGAUCCACCGCGACGACCUGCAAUCGAUCCUGCUCACAGCCGUGCGAACCGCCAACAUUGACCUCCGGCUGAACGCGCGCGUCGUCGCCGCGGACUCCCAAUCCAGCGGCACAGUCUGCCUCGCAAGCGGCGAAACGCUGUCCGCAGACGUUGUGAUAGCGGCAGACGGGAUCAAAUCCGACCUGCGACACCAGAUCGCCACGGCCCACGGGCACAUCGACCAUGCGCAGCCGGCAGGUGAUGCCGCGUACCGGAUCCUCAUUCCGAAGCAGGAUCUCGCAGGUGACCCCGAAGCGCUGGCGCUACUGAACUCCAAUGUUGGGAUGCGCUGGCUCGGGCCUGGUGGGCAUAUCAUGGCGUAUCCGAUUAAGAAGCAUCAGAUCUAUAACAUGGUGCCUCUGCAUCCGAGGCCCGCUGGGAGAGACGAUGACCCAGACGCGGAGAGCUGGACGCAGCAAGGGUCCAAGGAGGAGAUGCGGCGGUUCUACGAACGGUGGAACCCGCUCGUCAACAAGUCACUUUCGUACGUCCCCGAGGGGGAAGUCAAAGAGUGGACUCUGAACUCGCACGCGUUUCUCCCGUCCUGGGUGGAGAAUCGCACGGUGCUCAUGGGCGACGCGUGCCAUCCCUUGCUGCCCUAUUUGGCGCAGGGCAGGGCACGGCACAGGCGAUUGAGGAUGCGGGUGUUUUGGCGUGUGCUGUCGCUCGGCGGGGAUGAUGUGGAUAUCCCUACCAGAUUAAAGGUCUACGAGCUCGUGAGGAAGGAGAGGGCGGAGAAGAUCCAAAACAGUGCGGCGGAGACCAGGCUUGCGCUGCAUUUGCCUGAUGGGGAGAAGCAGAGGCAGAGAGACGAGGCGAUCAGGUCUGGGGGGUUCGAAUCCGGAUCUCUGGGCGUAUGA